AUGCAUGUUUUGGAAAUGCUUGAUAUAGCGGCGGUUGCCUAUCAUGCGUUCGGGCCCCUUCUUCCUGGUAAGGCCGAAGACGACGCCCACUGCGCCGACUGCUUCACCAUGGCCAUGUGCCAGCAUCCCUACUGCGGCACCUGCGGGUUCUGCGUGUCGGCCAGUUUCAGUCGGGACCGGGAGUUGCUGGACUACCAGUGCAUGUGCGAGAAAUGCGCCAGGGCCAUGAAUCGGUGCUGUGCAUGCGGGAAGGCCUUCAACGGCAAGCCUACCGACGUCAGCCUGCCCAUGAACCACGGCGGCAGCGACGACGAGGGCCCGGGCGAGCUCCUAGGUCUGCCUGGUGAUUCUGAGGACAACUGGGAGGAGCGCAUGGCAGCGGCGAUUGCGAUCGCCGAGAAGUACAGCGGAUUCUCCAAGUUCCACCACAGCUACCCCCCGCUGUUCGCCAAGCUCUGGGACAAGUACGACCCAGACCACCUGGGUGAGAUCAGCGCGGAGCAAGCCAAGAGCUUCGCAGAGGACAUGGUGGCCGCCGGCUGGAAGGAUUGGAAGCCCAGCGCUCAAGACUUGGCUCUGUGGCAGCGCAUCAUGGACGAGUCCGGGGGCAUCUCCCUGGAGCAGUUUGCCGAAGCGAGUGAGAACGACAACUUCGCAGCUCUAGCUUUCGGAGACUGA